CAUAAGGGCUAAAUCUUGAGUCUAUUUAUAUUUUCAUUCUUGUUUUCAUACUUCAAACGUAUAACACAAAGUGAAAAACUAAUAAUUAAAAAAAAAUAUGGCUGGAGGAGGUGGAUUAGGGCCAACAAAUGGCAAGGCAUAUCCUGGAAAACUCACAACUAAAGUGUUAAUUACUUGUAUUGUUGCUGCUAUGGGUGGUUUAAUCUUUGGUUAUGACAUUGGAAUUUCAGGGGGUGUGACAUCAAUGCCACCAUUCUUGAAGAAGUUUUUCCCAGAUGUGUAUGCAAAGACUACACACAGUGUGUCAACAAAUCAGUACUGCAAAUUCAACAGUCCAACAUUGACAUUGUUUACAUCAUCUCUAUAUUUGGCUGCACUUGUUGCUUCAUGGUCUGCUUCAAGAAUAACUAGACUUAUGGGAAGAAAAUUGUCUAUGCUAUUUGGUGGAGGUCUUUUCUUAAUUGGUGGUUUUAUCAAUGGAUUUGCCAAAAAUGUUGCUAUGCUCAUUAUUGGUAGACUGCUUCUUGGUCUUGGUAUUGGUUUUGCCAAUCAGUCUGUGCCAGUGUACCUAUCGGAAAUGGCGCCAUACAAGUACCGUGGUGCGCUAAACAUAGUGUUUCAACUCUCCAUCACAAUUGGAAUCUUUGCAGCAAACCUACUCAAUUAUUUUUUCGCGAAAAUAGAAGGCGGAUGGGGUUGGCGUUUGAGUCUAGGAGGAGCAAUUGUACCGGCAUUGAUAUUCAUAGUUGGUUCGCUUUUUCUCCCCGACACACCAAAUUCUCUAAUUGAACGCGGCAAAGAGGACGAGGCUAAAUCAAGGCUGUUGAAAAUAAGGGGAAUUGACAAUGUUGAUGCUGAGUUUAAUGAUUUGGUUGAAGCAAGUAAUAGGUCAAAACAAGUUGUAAGUCCUUGGAAAAAUUUGUUGAAAGAUAGGCAGUAUAGGCCACAGUUGAUAUUUGCUAUAGCUAUUCCUGCCUUUCAACAGUUGACUGGGAUGAAUGUAAUUAUGUUUUAUGCACCUGUUUUGUUCAAGACAAUUGGUUUUGGUGACACUGCUUCACUCAUGUCUGCUGUGAUUACUGGUAUUGUCAACUUUAUUGCUACUUUUGUGUCACUUCUUACUGUUGAUAGAGUUGGAAGGAGAGUUCUCUUUCUUGAAGGUGGCAUACAAAUGCUUAUUUGUCAGAUUAUUAUCGCGAUUUCGAUUGGACUAAAGUUUGGAAUAAGUGGCAAUCCAGGUACAUUGCCAAUAUGGUAUGCAGCAUUUGUUGUGGUGUUCAUCUGCAUAUACGUGGCCGGUUUCGCGUGGUCGUGGGGCCCACUAGGGUGGUUAGUCCCUAGUGAGAUUUUCCCCUUGGAGGUUCGACCGGCUGGUCAAUCCUUGAACGUGAUGGUCAACAUGAUUUUCACCUUCUUCAUUGCCGAGAUCUUCACUGCAAUGUUAUGUGCCUUUAAGUUUGGACUCUUCUUGUUUUUCGCAUUUUUCGUGGCGGCCAUGACAGUGUUCAUGUACUUCUACCUCCCAGAGACUAAAGGGAUUCCAAUUGAUGAUAUGACAAAGAUUUGGUGUCAACAUUGGUAUUGGAAAAGAUAUGUUACUACUAAUCAAAUAGAUGAUGAUAUUCAAAAAUCACCACAACAUAAGGGGCAAGUUUAAAGCAAUAGAAGUAGAUUAGUUAGAUUUGUUUUGAUAAAAAUUGGAGACAUUAAUUUUAUUCAUUAGUUUUUGUUAUAAAUGUGAAUUUUUA